AUGUCAGAACUGUGGCUUGUCUCCGUGCCGGGCGAGCAGUACAAUCAAAUGAACACGCUCCCGGGCGACUUGUGCGCGAUGAAGGCGGAGAUGAAACUGCCCGAGCUAAAGGUCGGCACGCUCGAUCAACUCAUCCAGCUGAGCGAUGAACUUUCCAAGGCGGAUGCCUUCGGCGAAUCUGUUUGUCGAAAAGUAUCCGGCUGUAUGCUCGACAUUCUCGAUGGGGACAGAGCCCAGGCGUCCGAACACUUGAGGAUGAACAAUGGAAAAGAUUCGGCGAACAUGUGGGUGACGAAGUUCAAGUGGGACGCAGCAAAGUUCCCCUCUCGCGUCGCACUGCCACAACUGCUCGGUGUGAUCAACCGGGCUUUGAGCGAAAUCGACACUGCGGUAAAGAAGAAAAGCGCGCACUACAACGGCAUCAGAAGCCAACUGUCUCAGUUUGAAAAGCGUUCCAAUGCCUCGCUCGUCACGAGGCCUCUUUCUGAUGUUGUAAAGCAGGCGGAUUUGGUCCAGGCCAGCGAGUAUCUGGAAACCUUGUUCGUCGCCUUGCCCGCUCGUUGCGAAGAAGAAUGGCUCAAGGGAUACGAAACGCUGACCGACAUGAUCGUGCCCAGGUCGUCAAAGAAGAUCGUCGGCGACAACGAAUACUGCAUCUUCUCAGUGACUCUGUUCAGACGCGCCGUGGCUGAGUUUAAAAACGAGUGCUCAAAGCGAAAAUACAUCGUGCGCGAGUUCAACUACUCAGCCGCCGACAUCAAGAACGAAAAAGAGCAACAGACGACUCUAUCUACUGAAAAAUCAAAGACCUAUCCAGUUUUGUUCAAAUGGCUGAAGGUCAACUUUAGCGAGGCCUUUUCUGCCUGGCUCCAUAUCAAGGCGUUGAGGAUUUUCGUCGAAAGCGUUUUGAGAUAUGGUCUGCCUGUGAAUUUCCGAGCCGCUGUACUUAUCCCUGCCAAGCCCAGAAAGCUCCGUGAGCGAUUAAAUAAGAUUUACUCGGAGCUGGAUUCCGCCAAUUUCAGCAACACGGCAAACGACGGAGACGUAGGUCUAAAAUUCGACUCAGGCGACUACUACCCUUACGUUUAUUGCCGCAUCCCGGGCGAUAUCGUCGAAUCUUCCUAA